AUGCACGGUUGGAAGAGUUCUCUUGUGGGACUGCUGGCUGUGGCUGGCUCUGCCCUGUCCCAUGGCCACCACCAUGACGACGCUGAAGUCGUUCCCGAGGAAUACCGAGAGGAGCUGCUGAAGAAGUGGGAUCAAGAGUGGACGUUUUCCGGCAUUUCGAGCUUCGCCCAUUUAAAGCCGGUCAAGUGUCUGAUCGAGCCGGAUGAACACUAUGACAUUGCAGUUAUCGGGGCGCCGUUCGAUACAGCUGUCAGCUACAGACCAGGUGCACGGUUCGGCCCCCGGGCAAUUCGUGCCGCGAGUGCUCGCUGGCUAGCAGGCACCAGUUACAACACACGCGCCGGGAUCAACCCGUAUCAAUCCUGGGCGACGGUGAAGGACUGCGGCGAUAUUCCGAUCACCCCCUUCGACAAUGGGCUUGCCGAGCGCCAGAUGUACGAGGCGUUCCUGGAGCUUGGCCGCCGGCCCGCGGUCACGAGCGCCGACUCCAAAUACGGCGUCAAGGGGAUUUCAGCCGGCAAGCCCAAGCUGGUGACGCUGGGCGGCGACCACAGCGUCGCGCUGCCUGCGCUGCGCGCGCUGUACCAGAUCUACCAGAAGCCCAUCACCGUGCUGCACUUCGACGCCCACCUGGACACCUGGAACCCGGUACGGUACUCGUCGUACUGGACCUCGGAGCAGGCGCACUUCAACCACGGCAGCUUCUUCCACAAAGCCAGCCGCGAGGGGCUCAUCUCCAACACCACCUCCGCCCACGCCGGGCUGCGCACCCGCCUGACAGGCGUCGAUGACGGCGACUACACCAACCCGGGCCCCGAGCAGGACUUCAUCCGCAUCCACGCAGACGACAUUGACGAACUGGGUCCCGCGGGCAUCAUCAGGACCAUCCUCGCCCGCACGGGCCUCGACCCGGAUCAACCCGUCUACCUCUCCGUCGACAUCGACGUGCUGGACCCCAGCACCGCCCCGGGCACCGGCACCCCAGAGCCCGGCGGCUGGACCACCCGGGAAUUCAUCCGCAUCCUGCGCGGCCUCGAGAAGCUCAACAUUGUCGGCGCAGAUAUCGUCGAGGUCUCCCCCAGCUACGACAACAAGGGCGAGACUACCGCCCUGGCUGCGGCCCAGGUCGCCUUUGAGAUCAUCACUAGCAUGGUCAAGGCCGGCACCGGUCAAGAGAUGGGCGGAUGGUAUGGUCGGCGGGAUGCCCAGGACGCCCAGGAUGCCCAGGAAGCCCAGGAUGUCCAUCAAGGCCAGGAUCACAAGGAUGAACUUUAG